GACCAAUCGCGCGCACGGGAUUCGCUCGCGCGCGCUUCCGCGAGCUCCCUUUAAAAGAGUCCAUCUUGACGACUUCGUCGUCAUCGUCGUUGUGAGCUCCCUCCUCAUCAUCGUCGUCGUCGUCCUCGCUCGUUCGUUCGUCUUCCUCCUCCUCCUCUUCGCCGUUUCACGUCGUCAAAAAGCAGGAUGUCUUAUCCCGGCUACCCUGGUGGAAACCCCAGCCCUUACCAACCAGCUCCAGGAUAUCCAGGCGCUGCCUACCCCCAAGUAGGGCCAGGUGGAUACCCGGGCUCGGCAGCAGCGUACCCUCCGGCCGGGGCCGCAUACCCUCCCGGAGCCGGUGGCUACGCACCCGCCGCUGGGGGGUACCCACCCAACGCAGGCGCUUACCAGCCCACGGCAGGGCCGUACGGGCAGCCUCCGGGCUCCUUCCCUCAGUACCCACAGCAGCCUGGAGCUGGAUACCCAGCUGCCGGGGGCUACCCAACCGGACCGGCGGGAUACAACCCGUCCAACCCAGGCCAAUACGCGCCGCAGCCCGGUGCAGGUGGAUACCCUGGCGGAGCUCCCUAUCCUACGCCCGGAGCUCCCCCCUAUGGCGCUGGUCCUCCAGGCCCCCAGUAUCCAGGGCUAGAACUACUCUUCUGGAAGGGCCCUGCUGCCGGUGGCUUUGGUGGUGGCUACUCUGCGCCCCCUGGAGGACCUGGCUAUCAGGCAGCCCCUCAACCCGGUCCACAAGGUGGCAUGUACCAGAAUCCCCCGACAUCAUAUGCUCCUUCAGCACCUCCUACUCAGCAGCCAUCUGGUGCUUCCUACGCACAACCAGCCUACCAGCAAUCCCACAGCACCCCUGCUCAGGUGUCGUACCCGAGUGCUGGUGGCGUAGCACGAGGUACAAUCCACACUGCAUCUAACUUCAAUGCCCAGGAUGACGCUGAGGUGCUGAGACGUGCCAUGAAGGGCCUUGGCACUGACGAGAGAGCGCUAAUUGAUAUAAUUGUAAAUCGUUCCAACGAUCAGCGACAGAAGAUUAAGCUGGCUUUUAAAACCAUGUAUGGAAAGGACUUAAUCCGAGAUCUGAGGUCAGAACUGAGUGGUAAUUUUGAGGAAAUAAUUUUGGCUCUUUUCAUGCCUACCACAUACUACGAUGCUUGGAGCCUCAUGAAGGCAAUCAAGGGAGCUGGCACGGAUGAGAAGGUCCUCAUUGAGAUCAUGUGCACACGCACCAACCAGGAGAUUAAAGAGAUUGUUCGUGUCUACCGUGAAGAGUUUAAUCGCACACUGGAGAAGGACAUUCGCUCUGAUACCAGUGGGCACUUCAAACGCCUCCUCAUUUCCAUGUGCCAGGGUAAUCGCGAUGAGUCCCAGACAGUGGACAUGAGCAAAGCACAGUCCGAUGCACAGCGGCUGUACACGGCUGGAGAGGGAAAGCUCGGAACCGACGAGUCUACCUUCAACAUGAUACUGGCUUGUCGCAGCUUCCCACAGCUGCAGGCCACCUUCAAUGAGUACACCCGGAUGGCGCAACGUGACAUUGUGAACACAAUUGACCGGGAGUUCUCUGGUGAUAUUCGUGACGGCAUGAGAGCUAUUGUCCAGUGCGUGCGCAGCCGGCCGGCGUACUUUGCCGAGAGGCUUUUUCAUUCCAUGAAGGGGCUCGGCACCGACGACUCGGGGCUUAUCCGUGUCAUCGUCUCUCGCAGUGAGAUUGACCUGCAAGACAUCAAACAAGCCUUCCUGCAGCAGUACCAGAAAACCCUGUACACCAUGAUCCAGGGGGACACAAGUGGCGAUUACAAGCGCAUCCUGGUGGCCAUAGUGGGCAUGAACUAAUGAUGUCUUGCAGCACUUUGACACGCACACAUUGAUCGCAGGCACACAUUUACUCUUGAGCAACUAAUGUGCAUACAAAUGUACACGCGCAUGACAAGUGCUUCUAUGCGUUAAUAAAAUAUUCACAACCAGCACAUACACUAACAGGCUAUAGCUAAUGUCAUUGUAACCAAUAUGACUGCAAGUAGCCUGAUAAAAUUCCAGCACUACUGUUGAACCACUCACAUGACCUCAUUGAAAUUAGUGUUUUAAAGGUGCCACCGGUAUCUUUAAAUUCAUCGUAUUAGCUUUUCCCAUGUCAAAUUCCAAAAUAAAUAUAAGAUGGCCACAACAGUUGGUUAAUGUGCCUAUGAUUUAUAAAGGGGGAAAUAUAACGUGAAAAAUUGUUUACCAAUUCCCAAUAUUAUUAUUGCCUUUAACUUCAGCAAAGUGAUUCCAAACGUUAGCAAGAAUAGCAAAUCAAAAGUGUUUUUUUCUAUUAACUUAAAACACUCCACUCAUUUAUGAAGCUUAAAUUUUAACGUUCACUAAUUGUGCAUAUGAAAUUAUGCUUUUACGGUUGCAAAGUGGAAUGCUAGUUCUCGUGUCUUCAUUAAUGUAGAUUCCAUUUAUCAUGUGAACCUACAUUGUUACAAAUGAGUUUUAAAUAGGUUUAAUCAAAUUGACUGCAGAUACAUGACCAAUGAUAUUAAAAUCAAUGGCAAUAACACAUACAUUAUCAUGAUAUAUUUUUUGGAUGAACUUCCAUUACGAGUAUCUAAUAAACACUUCUAAAAUAAAAUAUUAAUUCAGUGUGGGAUAACUAUUAUUGUAUCGUGGGAAUUUUGGUUUAGUUUAAGCUAACUCACUGAAUAUCGACUCUAUAUGUACUGUGUAUCAACAUGUUUUAAGAAUGAGAUGCUAAGAAAGUAUUUUUUAAAUAUAUACAUCAACUUGUUUUGUGCUUAUUUUUAAGCCACUUAGACUCUAAUCGGUUUGUAAACUACAUCACAUGUAUUUGUUAUUGGCCAAUACUUAUAAUAUACAGCCCUUUGUCAAUACACUGCUGGAUAAGGGGCUCCACACUGUGGGUUGUGGAGAUUAUUUGACCAUACUUCAACAUGCUGGUCAGUGCAGAUUGGUGAAGGUGGUUAGCACACGUGUGAGAGUAUCAAGUAUUAGUGGAGUGGAUCUUUACUGCCCUGUCCUCUGCUGCCCACCGCAUAGCCCGCUGCCUGUAACAACCUGUUGUGCAUGGUGGUCGCUAAUCCCCCAAGCACUUGCCCACACUAAAACAAUCGUGAGGUCUGACAAAAUCCGAAACCUUCCGGAUAAUUUGGUCAUAGUCCUGUGAAUUUACACUGAAUAUAAAUGCAUAUAUUCCAUUAACAUCCCAUUCUCAAAACGUAGACAUGUAUAUAUAGUGUUGUAUAAUGUAUGUACAGUAUAUGAAUGUUUAUACAUAGCGUGUUACUAUAACCAAAUAUCUCGUGCGCCAAUGGUAUAAACAUUAAUUUAAUCCCACCACACUAAGCUGCCAAGUCUCAUGAGUGGCCAUAUGAAGCAGCUGUAAUCCAAAAGCAAUCAUUCAAAGAUAAAAAACAAGAUAUGGUAUGUUGAACUGUCAGAAUCAACAGUGCAUAAUCUAGAAACAAUUCCCUCGCCUAAUUUUAAUUGUAAUAUCACUUCUGAGCCAAUGUUCUAGAUUUAACUUCUGUAGAGAAUCAUGAGUAAAUGUAUACAACUUUACAGUAUAGUCUAUAUUUUUUAAUAAAGUGUUGUGGUAUCCCAGGUAAAAUGCAUGAGCCACUCCCGCAUCUCUUGUGGAAUUAUUUUAAGUUGACUGAUCUU